CGAACCAAGAAACUCGGGGAAGUAUAAAUACCCAGAGCGAAUCCGAAUUUAUAGCAGCGCAGUUUCACACACUCGUCUCCCACACACGUGUUUUACUUCGAAAGUUUGUCCUCGCGAUUUUUUUUUCCGCAAGUGAUAAAGUUCGAAGCAGACAAGUCGUUGUUUUUCGAAACACGCCAACCGAGAGAAGACAUGACAAGAAUUAUUUUCGCGAUGGUGGCGCUCGCUGCGGCGGCGUCAGCCAACAUCGUGGUGCCGGUGGCGCCAGUGGUGGAAGCGGUCAACUCCAGGACCCAGUACCACGCCCAGAAUGGCUUCGGCGAGUACGUUUACGGCUACGUUGAACCCAACGGCGCCAAGGAAGAGCGGAAACUCAUCGACGGCACCGUCCUGGGCUCCUUCAGUUACGCUUCACCAGAUGGCGGCAUCAUCACCAACAACUACGUGGCCGACGAACACGGGUUCCGCUCCAACCUGUCGCCCACUUUGCACAAGGACAACGCCUACGCCGCCGCCGGCGUCGUGGAACGCCACUUGCCCGCUCCUCAUCAUCAUCAUCAUCAUCACGGCGUCGUCCCGCACGCAGUGGCGGCUCAUCACCACGGCGUCGUCCAGCACGCGGCGGCGCCCUUGGUCCAUCACGAGGCCGUCGCAGUGGCGCCGCACGGCGCCUCCAUCAUCCCACAACACCCCGUGGACCACGCGGCAGUCAUCGUGUCCACGACACCCGCAUACGCCUACGAAAAGACAGUCCACUCUCCGAAUCCCAAGGCCCACGUGGAAGAGCAGCACUUUUACAAGCCGGGUGUCGUGCACAAACACGAAUUCGUCGGGCCUCACGGACACGUCGAGAAGACCUACGCUGAAGCUGGAGUCAGUGUGAAGAAGACCAUUGUCGACGAGCAUCCCACCAGAAUCUCCGAAACCUCGUACCACGAGAAACACGGUCAACACGCUCAAUUCGUUCAGGAGACACUCAUUGACCCGAGACCCGUCGUCACUGUUGAAAAACAAGUCCAUCCUCUGCCUGUCGUCGAGGAACACUAUGAACACGCACCAGUUGUUCAGGUCCACAAGCCCCUUGUCACAGUACACAAGAAAAUUCAUCACGCUGGAAUCCCCGUUAUUCAGGCCUACGUCGAACCACAAAUCGUCAAGCACGUGCACCACGAGAAGGUCGUCGAAGUGCCGGUGUAUCAUCCGAGACCCGAGCCCCAGUACUACAAGGUAGUACCUAGCAAAACCUACGGCUACCCGAGGGCCGCCAAAAAGGCCGCCUACUCGCACAGCACGUACCACGGUCACCCCAGGUCAUCCAGCCACGUCAGCGUGCGACAGUAUUUCCCGAAACGCCGCCACGGCUACGGACGCCACUACGGCUACAGCUCGUACAAGCCGUCCUACCGCCGCCGCAGCUACGGAUACUCGUCCAGGAGACACCACUAAAACAUCCAUAAUCCUGUACACAAAAAAUUCCACGUGUUUUUGUUUCAUGUUGUUGUCAUUUUUGUCCUCUUUUUAAUUUUAAAACAGAGGCAUUCAUGUAGGAACAAGUGCGGGAUUUAAAUCGGGAGAAGAGAUUUUGAUAUUCGUUCAGGAAACGUCGAUUUUUGUGAGAUCCGCAAUUUUACUGAAGAAUCAGAGUUUAUUCGUGUCGCUGCUUGUUACUUUUUCGUCAAGCAGCGACAUCUACGUUCGACGGCGUAAUUUCAGGUUUGGUCUGCGCCGGGGGCUCGUAUCAAAGGAGCACGAUGAAUAUUUGUUUCAAUCGUAGUUGACCCCGAAAAAUUCUGAAAAGCAGAUAACAAUAUCUGAACGCUUUAGAAAAGACUGAACCAAAUUUUUAAAAAUUCAGAUAUUCCUGUUAAACGAAAGUAAUCAGCUUCAGCAUAAAGCGAUCAAAGCAUCGCUCGUAAAGGAAAGGUGCGACACCUGCUCCAUGAAACUCAAUGCAUGAUUGGAAAUAAUUUUCAAGUGUGCACGAGUUAUCAGACAAAGAAACACAAUUGACUUCCCCCAAAAAAAAGUAUUUUCCAUAGUAACGAACAGUAUUUACGAGUGAAAUGAUCCUCAAAAUUAUAGCAUAGAAAAAUUACAUUUGUGUUCUGUUCAGGGAGACACGAAUUUCGAAAAAAAAAUUGAAUGUCUGUGUGUUUUGUAUGCGUUGAUCUUCACUAGAUACGCUGCCUCUUCAACAAGAGCUUCGGGGCUCGUAUCGCGAAAGAAAAAUUACAGUACAGUAUUUGCUCAAUCGGUUGGCAUCGAACUAUUCAGAAUAUUUGGCAUCGAGAAAAGAAACUGAAAUGCAGGUGUUUCGGAAAUAAAUCGUGGGACGUGAUUUGAAACUCAAAA